AUGGAUAGCAUAUUAGAUCUAACAGCUGCACUUACUUGUGCAGUGUCAUUACAUCUUUGGUAUUCUCCUUAUACGAAGGUGGAAGAAAGCUUUACGAUUCAAGCGGUCCAUGACAUCUUGAAAUAUGGCAUUUUCGAUAUUUCGAAGUAUGAUCAUGUUACGUUUCCUGGAGCUGUUCCAAGAUCAUUUGUCGGUCCAUUGAUUCUUUCCUUGUUCACUUAUCCAUUCAAUUUGACUAUUUCGAAUGAUCCAUAUAGAACUCAGAUGUUAGUGCGGUUUUUAAUUGGACUUACAAACACUGUCGCUUUGAAUAGGUUUGCUGUUGCUGCUAAGAGGGCAUUGACCAACGAGCAACAAGCUAAGGCCAACGAAAAGAAUGAUCCUAUGAAUAAAAUCAGUACAUUUGAUUUAAGCAGUUGGUUUGGUCUUUUCACUGUCACGCAAUUCCAUUUGAUGUUUUAUAGUUCAAGACCAUUACCAAAUUUCGUCAUGGCGUUGCCCUUAACAUUGGUUGGUUUGUCAUGGGCACUAGAAGGUAAUUAUAGAUGGUGUUUAAUGCUACUUUCGUUUACAUCGAUUGUUUUCAGAUUGGAGAUUGCGGCAUUAACGAUCGGUGUAGCCAUUGGUGCGUACUAUUUCAAAAAAUUGUCAUUACUCUCCAUUGUAAGAACCGGAUUCGUCGGUGCCGCUGCAGGAUUCUUAUUGUCUGUUCAGGUUGACUCUUACUUUUGGGAUCGCUUGACAGUUCCUGAAAUUGAGUCAUUCUUCUUCAAUGUCAUCCACGGCCAAUCGAGUCAUUGGGGUACUCAACCAUUCCUCACUUAUCUCACUGGAUACUUACCAAUGAUGUUCCUUCCACCAACUGCCUUAUUUAUUAACCAUCUAGGUUAUAUGAUCAGUCCGGUUCCAUUUAAAAUUGUUGGUAUAGCCGCCUACUUCCACGUAUUAGUGUUAUCUUUCCAACCUCACAAAGAAUGGAGAUUUAUUAUUUACGCUAAUCCCCCAAUCACACUAUUAGGGGCAACAGCAGCUGCGUAUCUAUUCAAGACAAUUGAUAACAAAACUGCUAAAGGUGUGGCAGUACGUUUCAUCUUGCUAUUAACUCCACUGGCCUCUUUAAUCCUUUCCGUUCUAUUUUCGUUUAUUUCCUCCAUGAAUUAUCCUGGUGGGGUUGCAUUGACACAGUUCAAUGACAUGGUCAAAUCACAAAAUAUUUCAAAUGCAGUUGUUCAUUUAGACGUUCCAGUAUGUAUGACAGGUGCAAGUUUAUUCGGCCAGCUUGAUGAUUCUUGGAAUAUUACGUAUGAUAAGACGGAAGAUGAAUCUUUGUCCUCAAAAUGGUCAACAUUUGACUAUUUGAUCACUUCUUUGGAUAACCCUACUUACAUUCCAGCAGAUAAUGAAACUACUUGGGAAUUGGUGUCUACAACAAAAGGGUUUGGAGGUAUCGACACUGCUUAUUUGGCCAAGACUUUCACCGAACAGUACGCCAAUGGUCUUGAUUUAUAUGUUACAUGGGAAAGGACAGGAGAUUUGAACUUCCUUAAGGAAAUAUUCAAUAACACUUUCAUUAUGACUGACAUCUUUUACACGUAUAAAAAAGUCCCAAUACUUUAG